CCUACCAUCAUCCUAUACAUCAGUCAAAAUAAAAUACCGGUAACUCUAACUCCGAACGACAGCGAGUCCGUCACCAAGGAAGCACAAAACGACUCCCUCUGGUUGUAAGCGCAGAUAAGAUUCGCGCUUCGUAACCACUUCUACGACACUUUAGAGAAACCCAUUCGCUGGUGCAAUUCGCAAGUCGUAGAUGGCUACAUGUUCAUCUUCUUCCACCAGAUAAUUCGUAUAGGCUCUCAUGGAUCAGCAGCUCAAACACGAAGGCUUCAUCCAAUCCGCGCCACCUCCAUUUCCUUCCGCCAUAGAAUUUCCUCAGCCCCCUCCCGAUUCCCGCGUUCCCUCCGGCCGCUCCCAACCCAAUUCAAGCCAAAGGCCUGAAGGGGAAACUAAGGAUUGUCUAACUGCUAGAAAGAUUCAGAAGGCUGACCGGGAGAAGUUGAGGAGGGAUCGACUGAAUGAUCAGUUUCUUGAGUUGGGGAAUGUUUUAGAUCCAGACAGACCCAAAAAUGACAAAGCAACCAUUUUAGCUGAUACAAUUCAAGUGCUGAAGGAUUUGACAUCGGAAGUAGACAAACUUAAAGCUGAUUGUGCUUCACUAACCGAAGAGUCUCGUGAGUUGACGCAUGAGAAAAAUGAUCUCAGAGAAGAGAAGGCAUCUCUUAAAUCUGACAUUGAGAACCUUAAUGCUCAGUAUCAGCAGAGACUCAGGGCUAUGUUCCCUUGGGGUGCUAUGGAUCACUCAGUUGUAAUGGCCCCACCUUCAUAUCCAUAUCCAAUGCCAAUGCCAAUGCCUCCAGGUCCAAUUCCCAUGCAUCCACAUAUGCAGCCAUACCAUUAUUUCCCAAAUCAGAAUCCUGGGAUCAUUCCUAACCCCUGUUCAACUUUUGUUCCAUAUGUUACCCCUAAUACUCUGGUUGAACAGCAGUCCACCCAAUAUGUAUCGCCAGUAGUGCAUCCAGGAAGUCGGUCUCAUGUUUCAGGCAAACAAGAUUCACGAAACAAAUUAUCCGGAGAGAGUAAAAUUGACAGAAGUGAAGAUUCAAAUGAUGUUACGACAGAACUAGAAUUGAAAACUCCUGGAUCUAUGACUGAUCAGGAUUUAUCAUCAGUACGAAGAAAAUCUCAGAAGUCAGCGAGGAAGGAAAUCAAGGUUACAGAAGGGAGUUCUUCAAGCAGAUGUUCUUCUUCUCGUAGUGUACAGGAUAGCUCAUCUAAUAGCGUAGUUGGUGGCACAAAGGCUGAUGACUGAAAAAGAGAAAAGGUGUCUUCUUGCACGAAGGUGGCAAAGGAUGUUGGUUGGUUUUCAUUAGCAAGGUAUGGGGCGUUAAGUGGAUUUCCAUAUUCUCUUUGUAGCAUGUUUAGACACUGAUAUUGCAGCUGGGAAAUGUACAAGAUAGGGUUAUCUAUUCCACAGGAAUAUGUAUUUGUUGUUGUAAAUAGCAGUCUUGAUAUUCAAGAAAGAGAUUAUUUUAUUCAGUGAAAAUGUGAAAACAACAGUGUAUGUGGUUUCUUGUGGCUUUUGCAUCUAGCUGUAGUGGAUAGAAGCUGCUGCAGGGAUUUUUAGGGAUUCUUUUGUAUUGAGGGUGAAGGUGAAUUAGGGGAAAUGUUGGGCUACUCAUGAGUCAUGGAGAUGACUGAGAUGAAAUAUACAAUGUUCAUUU